AUGUCACUCUUUGUCGAUUCAUCCCAGGAAGAUGGAGAAGAAGAUAUUGUUGGUAUAACUUCGCAACACACGGAGAUCAAUUCAUCCCUAUGUGGACCAAACGCCUGGCGACCUAAACCAGAAGUGAGUUUCACAGCAACAACAAAUCAAAUUGCUCAUCUUUCAGACGUGUUGCAGAGUUUACUAUCUAUCAGCAAUCAAGCUAUUGUGACUAUAAGAUCUGGUGGAAUUACAAUAUACUCAACUUACAAUUACACAAUCAAUGUACAUGUGAACAUUGACCCGACUUUAUUUAACCUGUAUGACUUGACCACAGAUCAAGGAAGUCUGGGGGACAAGGAUGUUGAAGAUUUGGAACUACGACUAGGGGUUGACACUAAUCUUAUUGCCAACUGUUUUACGUCGGUGUUGAAUACAAUGAAAUCGGAAAAGUCCAUAUCAUGCACCAUUACAUACAAGGGAGAUGGACAUCCAUUGGUAAUCGAGUUUGACGAUACACUAAUCUCAGAAAGAUUAGAUUUCUACACUUUUUACAUAGACGAAGAUGAGUUGAUUGAAAAUGAACAACGAGAAGCAUCAAGAAUCAACUACAAAAAUGUCAUUCUCGAAAUUAUGCUCAAGAGUGAUGUAUUGACGAAUUUAUUACAAGAUUUAUAUCAAAUCGAUACCGAAAUAUUAUUCAUCUAUUGUGCUGAAGGUAUACUAAAUUUUAUAAGUAGUGGGUCCAUUGGAAUGUCAAAACUUAUUUUCCCUAACGAGAAAUCAAUAAUGGAGAAAUUAUCCGUCAAUGAAUCAUAUCUACAUAUUAUAUCUCAGUUCAAAUUUGUUGAAUUUUACAAAAUAUUUAGGGCCGUCAAGUUGAGUUCAAAAUGCAAGUUUAUUAAAGAUUCUGAUGGUUGUUUCUCGAUACAAUUGAUUUGUAAGAACCAUCAGCAAGGUGGCUAUCCAGGUACAUUGUUGACGAUAAAUAUGACUGAGUUGGAUCAUGAUGAACAUCUAAUCGAUUGGAUUUUACAGGAUGAAAAGGAUCAAACAGGUACUGAACACACACAGCAACGAGAAAUACCCUUGACGAAUAUACCUAGACUAAGUCGUGAACCAUGGAUAAAUUCAUUCAAGCGUACAGGCGAUGUUGUCGCUUCCACUACCAGUGAGACAAGAAAUGGAAACAAGAGAAGUCGACAACAAAGCGAAUCCAAGAGAAAAGGAAGAUCAAAUAACGUACCAUUGUUUUUAUAA